AUGUCGCGUGCCGAUAUUCGUCUCGACGGCAAGGUUGCCCUCAUCACGGGUGCCGGCCGUGGUCUUGGUGCCAUUGUGGCCAAAACCUUUGCUGAGCGUGGUGCCGACGUCUGCAUCAACUAUGCCACCAGUGCCAAGCCAGCCAUGGCCGUGGUCGCUGAGAUCGAGCAGAUGGGUCGCAAGGCUAUUGCCGUCCAGGGCAGCGUCGAGAAGAAGGCCGACAUUGAGAACCUCUUCGCCAAGACCGUCGAGCACUUUGGCAGACUCGACAUUGUGGUCAACAACGCCGGCAUGGAGGCUUUUGCCAAGCCUGACGAGGUGACUGAGGAGCUGUGGGAGAAGGUCUUCAACAUCAACACCCGUGCCCAGUUCUUCGUUGGUGUCAACGCCCUGAAGUAUCUUGGCAAGGGCGGCCGUAUCAUCUUCAUGUCUUCCAUUGCCGCCAGCAUGUCUGUGCCCAACCAUGCCCUGUAUGCGGCAUCCAAGUCCGCCAACGAGGGUCUCUGCAGAUCCUUCGCCGCCGAUGGUGGCCCCAAGGGAAUUACUGCCAACUGCAUUGCCCCCGGUGGCAUCAAAACCGACAUGUUCGAGCAGAAUGCUUGGCAUUACGCCCCCGGAGGCACUCCCGACACUCCCAUCUCCAGCAUCGAGGCCGGCAUCGCCAAGAUGGUGCCGCUAGGCCGUGUCGCUAUUCCUGCUGACAUUGCACGCGUGAUCAUGUUCCUCUCGCACCCUGACAGCGAAUGGAUCAACGGCCAAAUCAUCCGUCUCACCGGCGGUGCAUCCAACGCUUAG